CUUCUCUUCUCUUCUCUUCUCCUCGCCCGCGCAUCACCACCGCUUGCUUUUGCACCCAACUUCACAUCGCAAGUUUUCCCUGCGCAUUACUACAAUCACAUCACCUCUUCUCCCUCUACCCCAAGCUUUGACGCUCGUCAUCCUUUCGCGAUGUUGCCGAUGAUGCCGAUGUAUCACUAUCCUCCUCCGCCCCCUCCUCCUCCCGAGGACCCUGCUAUCAAAACUGCGCGUCUCGCGGCAAUCAUGAGAGAUGAUCUCGUGGAGCACUGUCAUCGACCGAGCUUCAAGAUAUUCCGCUCUCAAGAUAGUUACAUUAUGACCAAAGCAGAGGUCGUAGCUGAGAUUGUGCAAAAUGCCAAAGGCGCACACCAACAAAUCCAUGUUCCCCAGACUAGCCGCAAGCGACGUAUGUCUGCACCAUGCCGUGAUCAUGCAACAACCCUUCGUCGAAAAGCCUCGCGGCCCUGCCCUGCAUGGACUCGAUGUCGGUCAGUUGACUGAGAACAAAAGCAACGAAACCACCUUCGACAUGAAAGCUCAGUCUACUGGUUGGUUCCAUCUUCUCCUCAGUAUUGAUGGCCAGCUUCUCCCCGGCUUCCACGCUGGUACUAUCGCACGCCUUGCCGCCGGACGGUUCGCCGGCCUCAUUGUGCGUCUCGAUAUCACGUCACGGUCGGAAAGUUCCGUCAACCGCAUACGCAUUUCAAGUUCGCCAUUCACGAUGGUGCUCGACCUGUUCCUUUCGUGGACUUGAUCGUCCCUCUUGACCAUAUCCUUGAUGUAGUCACCCUCAACAGCAUUGAUGCAGAUGGCAUCAAGUCUCUCGCAACCCUUCGUGCAAUCAAUGCCAUGAACCUUUCAGAGCUCGGAAACCAUGUCAAAGGCUCCGACAUUCUUGGCGAAAAGCUGAAGGGCGUUGACCUGUCAGUUCCCGUCAAUUUAAUCCACUUAGUGGCCAAGAAAGUGCGUCACCUUCGUAUCGACAUUGACUGGUCCAAGGUCUUUGUCAUCGAUAACUUGGAUUUCAAGCGCAACUUCAAGCUGCACCCUUCUACCAUGCAGGACAUCGCUUCUGCUGUGAGUAGCCAGCUCAAGAAAAAAGGCAACGCAUUUCUCGAGGCAUGGUUCUUCCAGGAAGAGACAUUUGAUCGUUCUUGGCCCGAGAUCUUCACCCAUCUCAAGCAGUAUUCAUACACAGGGUCACACUCUCGCCCCCAGUGUCAACUAGGCAAUGGCUCAUCAUCUCGGUGGCUUCAGAUCUCGCCAGUUCAAAGGCACACACCCCGAACAUACCUUUGUACCUCUUUCCGAGUUUGCCCGCAGUAUUGCAUAAGCCAAAGAGAAGACUUGGUCAGAUGUCAUCUCCGCCUGGAAUAAGAAGAAAGGCCCUGAUGCAUGUGCUGUGAACCAUGUCAAACAGCAUGGUAUCGAAUUUGGUACUUCAUUCAGGGAUAUUGAGGAUGAUUUAUGGGCGACGACAAGUUGUAUUUGGAGGCAUAGGAGCUUGAAAUGCUCAAGAAGCUAAGUUAAGUAGAAUAUGGGGAAUGGUAAUGUUUUUGGGAUAUGCGCACAACUUUGAUAGCAAGAAUAUUGCACAAUCAAGUUUCUCGGGCUCCGAUUCUCGCCAUGACUCGAAAUUGUUGAAUUCCAUAGCCAGAGAAGCUCAUUAAAAUGUUUAAUGGUUUCAUCAAGUUGGACUAACCUUCCAGAGAGGGUGU